AUGUAUUCACUUUAGAAAUUAGUGCCUAAUAAUAAAAUUCAAAUAAAACCUGGAGCAUUCUCAUAACACCAGAAAUUAAACCAAAGCGUUGAUGGAGUACUGCAGAUUCAAUAAAAGUCAUAACAAUAACUUCAAACUCAGAUCUAAAUCGUCAAUAAAAAAGAGCCUUCAAAAUAGUUAAAUAACAAAUAAGAACUAUUAUAAAUUCUUGGAAACGCAUAGAACAAUUAAAGAUAAACCAAAUCAAUUUCACCCACUACCACUCCUCAAAAAUAAAGAAGUAACAGAAAAUUGAAUUUUAAUCAAAUUACUGAAUAAGAUGCACUCUUCCUGAAUUCAAGCAAUGCCAUGGCCAACAUGAUCAUUGAAAAUAUCCUCAAUAAAGAUGAGUACUACUAGAAAAUUCUAAAAGACAACCAAGAUUUGAAAGACUAAUUGACAAAAUUGUAAUUAACCCUAAAUGAAUUAAAAAAAAAGUAUUAAUCAUCAGAAUUAACUAAUAAAGAUCUGCACCAAAAUCUAUAACGCGAACGUCAGCUCUAUUAGAAUCAAUUACUCCAUAUCAACGAACAAAUUCAAUCCAUGAAACCUUUGAAAUAAAAUCUAUAAAUGGAACAGAAGAAAAGCGAAUCCUUAACUAAACAAUUAUAGGAUUAAAUAGCAAUCAAUAAUGGAUUGAAAUCAUUUAUCUGUGAUAAUUGUUUACUCUGUAUAGAGUUUCUAUCCUUUUUUUAGAAAAUUGUGUUACAUUUCCAACCCUAAGUCACAUAGGCUUAUGAAUCCCUCAUUUAAAUAUCGAAACACUCAACAGCAUUUAUUCUAGAGUUCAUUUCCAAAACUUAGAAUCUCAACUUACCAGCACUUAGGAAUUGUGUGCUGCCAGAGGAAUUCGAUGUCAAUGGCUUCUUUUAAACUGUUGAAUCUUUAAAAUUGAAUGAAUCUUUGGAAAUAUCCUUUCGAAAUAAAAUCAACAAUGUUACCAAACAUUCAAUUCAAAGAACCAAUAACACUCCUCCACCUCCUGAACCUCUAAAACCAAUUCGAAAUGCUUCGGCUUCUUUGCAUGAAUAAUAUCAUUCCUUCUUAGAUGCAAGUGGGCCUUUAUCUAUAACAUAGGCUAACCCAUAUUUUACAGAAUUAGACACAAUUGAGAAGCAGAGAGUGUUAAAUAAAGAAAAAUAAAGGAAUCAAUUAGCCUUAUAGUUAAAUGCAGCCAAUAGAAUGAACCAGGAAAUCUGCGAGAAUUCUAAUUAUUUUCAAAUUGUCUAGGAGAGUAAUGAAAAUGAGACUAUCUACAUGGAUCAGCACGUAUUCAGAGAACAGGAUAAAUAAUCAAAAAGAAAUAAGGAGAACCAAUAAUAAAAUUGUUAAUAUGUUAUAGCAAAAUAUGAUUAUAAAGCAUAAAAAGAUGUAGAUUUAAGUUUUAAGAAGGGAGAUCAGAUUAAACUGUUAAAGAAAACAACGAAUGGGUGGUGGUAUGGAGAAGACAAGAAUUAAGUAAGAGGGUACUUUCCACAUAAUUUUUUUUAAUCAGUAGGUUGA